AACUUGACUAGCGUAUUCACUGGUCCUGGGGAGUGUCUGAAGGCCUGUCAAGUGACUGUUGAUCGUACACUUUUCUAUCGUUUUUAUCAAUAACAAUUAUGGAUCCCGCGGUCUUCCCGGAGGAGAUUUGGAUUAAGAUUUUAUUAUACUGCGACGUACCUGACAUUAUUGCGUUUGGCAGCACCUGCAAAUACCUGAGGAAAACGUCGGACACGGAUUACCUAUGGAAGAUGAAAUGGCUGCAACUGAUCUCGAAGGUGCACUUCAGAUUUCCGGACAUAAAAUGCUUGCAAUUGCUCAGCGUCAGCUUCAAAGCCAUGUGCUAUAGAUUGCACAUGGUGAUAACAUUGGGGGAGAAUGCACCUUUCCCCAAGUGUUACCACUGCAGUGGUUACACAUGUCAGAGGAACUGUGUCGAGGGCUCCAGUGCCAAGGUAGUGAUCGAAAUUGGCAAUAAGUACACUUGGGUCAUUACUCCGUACUUUGGACUGAGGAGACACUUCUCCAUGUUUGGCAUUCCCAAAUACAACAACAAGACUCAUGUGGAGCAAACGCAGACUCAGAAUGUUCCGAGUAGCAGCACACGCUCCAAGUCCGACACCAAGUCAUUAGCAAAGAGAUUGAAGCUGCUCAAGCUGCCAGAAUUGGCAACCACCAAGAUACCGCGGCCGAGCGGGCCGUUCUGCGUUUUUUGCAAUCCCGUCAAGCUGUAUAGGGAGAAGCGAAGAUUAACCACGCAUCAGAAUGAUCCAAUGUGUUACACCAGGCCAAAUCCAAUAUAUCAGAAGCUCAUAAAUGGUUAUUGUACUGACACGGUGGAGGUGCUUGGUAUUCCAAAUGUAGAUGUUGUGAGCCCGGCUGAGGCUCUGUUAUGCGAAGGUACGUUCCCAGUUCUCAAAACCUUUAUUGAUCAUCUGUUUCAUCAGAUGAGCUUGACCGCCACGCUCAGAAAGCCGAACACCAUGCUCAUGUUUUGCGAACCGUUGGCGAUGCAUCCCACCUUGAGAAAGCAGUUAUUGCAUUAUUUAUUCCAGGAAGUUAAAGUAGCGAGAGUAUGCCUGGUCCCGAAACCUUUAGCAGCGUGUGCCAUGCUGGACGUGGAGACCUGCGUAGUGAUUGAUAGCGGUGCUCUGAGCACAACAGUGGCUGUCGUAAUUGGAGGACGAGUUAUGCCACAGCGUUGGAAACUGCUACCCGUGGGUGGUUGGCACGUUGCCUAUCAUUUGAAACAAGCUAUGUACUGGCAACCAAAAGAGUACCAUCAAAUUCCUAUAUCUUACCUAGACAUUUUAGCUGUUAAAGAACGGUGCAGAUUGAGUUACAAUAUUAAGAACGAAGAGAAACGUCUGGGACAGAAGGCAAGAGAGCAUAUUAAUCUUCGAGUUGAUAGUUAUGCUGAUUAUAAACAAUUUUGGAGAGUCUCAUUAGGGCCGGAGUUGUACAUAGCUCCCGAAAUGAUGUAUAUCAGUCUACGUUUACCCGAAGUUAUAAGGGAUGUAACAUCAGGAUUACCAGAGGACAUAAUGCAUGAUUGUCUUUCACAUAUCUUACUUACUGGGGGAAAUACGGAUCUUUCGGGUUUCGAGCUGAGACUUACCAAGGAUCUACGUGAGCUAUUGCCGGAGUAUAGCAAAAUUUUGGAAGUGAAGAGCUGUCCUGGUACACACAGUUGGAACGUCGCAAUGGGAUCUACAUAUGUGCCUUUAGCUGUGCAUCCUGAUAAAACUCCACCAGAAUACAUUGAAGGUAAUCCAUUUUGGUUGUCACGAGAAGAAUAUGUAUUGUUUGGAUGUGAAUCUCUGGAACACAGUAACGAAGAUAUAAUAGGUGACGCCUUAUAAUAUGAAUGCCUCACUUAUUAUAUAACCGUAAGCGCAUAUAUAAUGCAUGAUGACAGGAAAGUAAAUGUUACCAUCAUUAAGUAUAUUUUCUCUUAUAUUGUCUAUAAAUUGGAAAAGUAAUUUAGAAUUGAAGGGGCCUGAAACACAUUCCAAAAUAUAACUGUCAUGUUCACACUAUUUAAGGGCACCUAAAUGUGUUUUUCUUAAAGUUUGCUAUUUAAAAUUUAUUUAUUAGUAUAGUACAUAUAACAUAUAUACCAGAUGUUCCAUUUCGACAUAUACAGAGUAGAAUCUCCAAAAAUGAGAUAAGAUAUGAACAUUUGUAUUUUUAGUUUUUAUUAUUAAUGUUGAAUAACGAGCCAGUUUCCUUUUCUUAAUGGCUUAGAAAUGGGUAGAGGCUUUAUUCAUUUUGAUAAAAAAAAUACACAGGAUAUUUCGAGAGUAAAGGGAUGCUAGAUUUCGGCGAACAAAUUUUAUUAAAUAACUCUUGUUCAGUGAUGGCUCUUUAAGACGAUGCUGAAGUGACGGCGGAACUCGCUCGAUGCCAGUAUUACAGAUUUUUCUUCGACGGAGAGUCGAUUGGCACGUGGUCGCGCGCGAGUCGAAGGCCAGGCAAACAGGCUAGCACUCUUUGUCAAGCACACUUAUUAUUUGUUCUUGUUGUCAAUUUCAGUGCCAAUUUCAGUACCUCAAUGCAAGAUCUUUCAACUACUACAUUAUACAAUUACUGCUCGUUUACUUUUCAAACUGAUUUCUGUCCGUUAAUUUACACAUGAAAUUUAUUUCUAGCAUUUCACUUAUUAUGAAGCUUCUAGGCUCAUUCUGAAAGCACAGUAUUGUUCUUUAUUGUAAUUCCGAGUUCGUACCUUGCUUAUUUUAUAUAUAUGUACAAAGUCUCAAAUUUCUAUGCGCAGCAAAUAUUGGCUAAGAAAGCUAUAUUUUUAUAAUUUUCUUUUGUUUUUCAUAUCAAAUUAUAGCUUGCGCGCGAACUUUUUAUUAUCUAUAAUUCUGCAAAAGGAUUUUUUAAUCCAUGUCUUCAAUAAAAAGAGAUGCUAGGAAUAAAAAUAUUCAUGUAUUCAAACAACUUCAGCAAUGUUUUAAUACACUAGGAACUAGGCGUUUUUAGUUUUUUGUUGAAUAUUGUUUGAUUUCUAAUUAAUUAGAUUAAAAUUAAAAAAUAAUACAUUUUUUAAUUUUAAUUUUUUUAUUACAAAAUGUUUAAAGUGACAAACAGCAAUUUCAUUACAAGCAUUUGUUGUUGAAAACUUCACCGUAUACCAUAUGCAUGUUUGCGUAUAGUCUUUCAUGAUAACUAAAUGGAUUUAUGAUUAAUAAAUAUGCGACUAAAGACUUUGUACACAGUAAUUUACAUUACAAUCUUUAUUGGAGGGAAAAGCUGUUGUUUUAUGGCUGUAUUGUUCCCAUGGAUCCAAAGUAGAGAUGGGAACCAAAUAAAUCGAAUUGAACUUAUAUCAAGAACAAGAAAUAUGCACCAUCAAUAAUAUUCGAUGGAACCUAGAAGUCUAGAUUAGAGAUAUCGCCAGAUAUUUAACGAAAAUUGGUCAAUUUAACAAAACCUAGCAUUUCUUUAAGUUUGUCGUAACUCUUCAGAAACAUCCUGUAUAUGUAUGUAUAGAUAUACAUAUAUAUAUUCUGAUACUACUAUAAUUUGCAUAAAAUAAGUCUAAUUCACUGACUUGUUUUCUUAUGUUUUAUACAAGAAAUGUUAUAGUUUUAAUAAAGGGACAUCUUGUAUAUAUACUCUAAAAACUGCCCCUAUAUUAACUUAUGGCAUUUAAAUUUUCACACACUAAAAGAAUUCAUUAUCUAUUAGUAUUUUAGGGUAUCAUGGAGCUUUGUAUAAAGCUAUCUAAUACAUCACAGUUGCAAUGUACUUUAGUACAUUCGUUAUUAAUUCUAUCAGGACUAUCAUCCAGCACCUGAUACCGUUCAGUGCAAUGUUAUAUGUUGAUGGCAUAAAUGUUUUAAAGUUGCAGUAUAAGGUUUCAGUGCCAUCUAAGCAUAUUUAAAUUAUAAAGCUAUUUACUUUUAUGUACAUAGCACCUGCAUUAAAUUGUUUUGUAAAUAUAGAGUAAAUGAAACUGCUUAAACUGAAAAUGUACAGAUCAUUAUGUAAACGAUAAACGUCAAGCAAGUAUUAUAUAAUGCUAGAUAUAGUAUUUCCAGAAAUUGUUCACUAUUUCGUACAUUUAUAUCACAGAAAUCUUGCCAAAAGAAAUAUGUGUAUGUUAAAAAGAGAAUACAUAGCAACAUUUCUAGUCACUUUAGAUAUUGAUAGUUUUUAAAUAUAGGUUCAGUAAAGCGAGAAAUUUCUCUUCCAAGAUGAAAUAAAUAAUCGCACUAGACAUGUAAUAAAUAAUAAAAGAACAAUGAAUCUUUAGAUUAUAUGUUCAUAAAAUGUAUGACUACUGUUAUAUUUUUUUGUUAAUGAUAUAGAGUAUAUAAUUUUAUGAAUAAGUUAAGAUAUAAUUAUCGGUAUAAUUACUCAUAAGAUAUUUCAUUAAGAGACUGUAAUGAAUUUGAUAGCUGUAAUUAUAGAGCACAUAUUGAGAUGAGUUAAAUUAUUAUUUAGAUGAGAAUAUGUAAUGUGUAGUUAAUGUGAAACAACUAAUUAAAAAGGAGUAGUAUUGUAAAUGCUAUGUUAUAACUGAUGUUUGUAUUAAAAAAUAUCUAAAUUAUUAUUGUGUUAGCUACUAGAACUCUAUCAAAGAAGAUUUACUUAUAGGUGUUCACAUGGCUUCAAUUCUGUAAAAUGCUAAAAUGUAAGUAUAUAAAACAUUAAAUAUGUUACACAAUAUAAAGAAGAGAGAAAGAAAGAGAGAGAAAGAAAGAGUAGUUUACAAUGCGUAAUACAUAUAUAUGCUGUUAUAUCCCGUUUUCACUUCACUCCAAGCGUGAAAAGUUUUGCAUCUUUAAUAUAUCAUAUUUCAAGCUCGUAAUAAAUAAAUAAACACACACACACACACACACACACACAUACAUAUAUAAUGCAAUACAAUUCUUGAAAUUAAAUUGUAAGAGAAAGAAUAUAUUUACUCCACUUGUGCAGAAUAUUUCUUUGCAUAUAGUAUCUCAAUGUUGGUCAUUUUGCUCUUAGAGAUUUUUUUAUAGUGUGAUAGACAAAGAUUAUUUAAAUAUUUAAAUUGCACGUGCAUUCAGUGAUAAUAUAUAUGAGUCUAAGAUAUAAAAAGAUAUUGUCAUUUACCAUGACAAUAUGCACGUUUGCAACGAACGGAAAAUUUUCGUUUAUCAUACUCGAAAAAUGCAGCACUGCAAAAACUUUCCAUUAUGUUAAAAUUUGCGUACAUAUAUUUAUAUAUAUAAAACUUACUGUUGCUUGUGGUUCUGUUAUUUAUAAAAAAUGUACAAUGUGUAAAUAAAUCUUUUUCAGAUA